AUGUUAAUUAAUGAAUUGCCUUCCGAAAUUUUACUUCAAAUCUUGCAACAUGUUGUUGAACCAUAUACUUGUUCUUCCAAAAGAGAUAUCUUAGAAUGCGCAUUAGCUUGUCGAAUAUGGAGUUAUUAUUCAUUACAACUAUUAUGGCAUAAACCCAUUAUUUUAAAACCACAAACAUGGCUUAAAUUCUCUAAAACGAUCUCUCUUAAUCAUACUUAUCUGCCUUAUGCCUCUCUCGUACGACGUCUUAAUUUAUCUGCAGUAACUGACUAUAUCAAUGAUGAAUCGUUGGAAGCGCUAAGUCGGUGUCAAUAUCUUGAUCGUGUGGCCUUUAUGGGCUGCACAUAUAUUACAAAUCCAGGUUUUAUUCACUUUUUGAAACAGAAUGUGGGUCAUUAUUUAUUAUCAUUGGAUCUAUCUGAAAUUAAACAUUUAUCAGAUGAAGCUAUCUUGGCUAUUGCCGAGACAUGCCAACAACUGCAAGGAUUGAAUAUUAGUGUAAAUAACAGAGACGAUGAAUUAUUAGGAAUCACAGAUAAAAGUAUUGUUAAACUGGCUGAAAGCUGUAAAUAUUUAAGACGAAUUCGUUUGUCUAAUUGGAAAUUAUUAAGUGAUGAAUCUAUUAUUGCACUUGCUACUCAUUGCCCAGCUCUUUUAGAAAUUGAUGUUGUCAAUAGCGCAAUCACAAACGAAUCACUCUUGAGAAUAUUUUCUUCUUGUCGAGAAUUGAGAGAAUUAAAAAUCAAUUAUUGUGAGAAUUUGGAUGAUCAGGGAUUUAUUAGGUCAGCACUAAAUACAAAGCCUAUCUAUCCUGAAUAUUAUUUUGAUCAACUUCGUAUUCUGGAGAUGACAAAUGUCAACAUCACUGAUCAAGCUAUUGACUGCAUCACAAUGGCAGCUCCCAAGAUUCGUAACUUUAUACUUAAUAAAUGUGUCCAUCUCACUGAUGAAGCUGUCAAAUUCAUUUCACGUCUAGGACGUUUUCUUCAUUAUCUUCAUUUAGGUUAUUGUAGAAAUAUUACGGAUGCAGCUAUUACACAACUUGCAAUACGUUGUAACCGUAUUCGUUAUAUCGAUCUCGCCAGCUGCCAGAGAUUAGGUGACGAAACGGUCCUAGCCUUAUCAACACUACCUAAACUGAAACGUAUUGGACUUGUUCGUUGUAAUCGUAUCACUAGCCAAGGUAUCCUGACACUUACACAUCCUGUUCGCACUGCCACCACACUUGAACGUAUUCAUUUGUCUUAUUGUGAUCAACUUUCAGUACAAGCUAUUUCAAUGCUUGUCUCGCAUUGCCGUCGUCUUACUCAUCUAAGUUUAUCCUAUAUUCCUGCCUUUCAAAAUCAACUAGCCAUCCGAAGAUUUUCUCGACCACCGCCUAAAGAAUAUACAGCAGAACAACGAAGAACAUUCUGUGUAUUUAGUGGCCAAAAUAUACAUGACUUGAGACAUUAUUUCAAGUCACCUGAAUAUUUAAACCAAACUGAAAUAAAUCAUUCUCGAUUUUAUUAUCACUAUUACCAUCCUCACCAACGAAUAGAAGAUUUACAGGAACAUUUACAACAACAAAAUUAA